GUCCUUGGCCUCUUCCCGCUCCUGCACUCAAAAACCCACAGGAUGGAACCCAAAAAAACAGUCUGGGGGAACAUACGCCAUAGAGCCAAGCCCCUGAUGCACUAUGUCCGCGGUGGCAGUCAAAAACGCUCCAGCAAACCACAAGUCAGACCAGAGCGAGCGCUGGACCAGAGGCCGAGCUCCUCGGGCUCCUCCACGGCUUCUCCUUCCCCUUCCCGUCCAGACCGCCCCUCGUCCGUCCCCCAAACCACCUCUCCUCUUGUCCACCGGCCUGGGUUAGACAGAGGGAGCGGGGCCCAGCGCUCGGACUCGGCUGCUGUACCCACUGGCUCGUCUCAAUGGGCGCCUGAGGACUGUGCAGACACCGGCCUUUAUCAGGAGGAGGAGGAGGAGGAGGAGGAUUUCACUGAGGCGCUGGAGGAGAUGAUGGAGACAAACCAGCCCAGUUCUAGGAUUACAACAGAGUCGCCAUCCAGAGAAACUCCAGAGAACUCAACAGAGAUGCGAGUUGAGAGCCAUGACAGUGAUUCUCUCACGUUUCAUGAGACGGAGCAAAAUACAAUGGUGGAUACGGCCGGAGAGAAUGGGACUGUGUGUGAGAAUCACAGGGAGCCCCAAAAAACCUACCUGCUCUCCAUCAACCUGAAAGAGGGUCGAGGUCUGGUCGUCAGAGAUCGCUGUGGUACAAGUGAUCCAUAUGUAAAGUUUAAGCUGGAGGGGAAAACGCUGUACAAAAGUAAAGUCAUGUACAAAAAUCUCAACCCCACCUGGAACGAGUUUUUCUCCUUCCCCAUCCGAGACCUGCAACAGAAACUUCACAUCAAGGUCUACGAUCGGGAUUUAACCACAGAUGACUUCAUGGGCUCCAGCACUGUCGUCCUGAGUGAACUGCAACUUGAGAAGACGAUAGAAAUGGUGCUACCCCUCACUGACCCCAACAGUCUGGAGAAGGACAUGGGUGUGAUCGUCAUCGAGAUCAGUCUGUCAGUCAGAGACGGAGAAAACAAAAAAAAUAAGUGGGCUCAGAAAAGGAAACGAAGUGUUAAGGCAGGAUCGUCCCCGCAGGUCAAGCGUCUGUCCGAGUCUCUGAGGAAGAGCCAGCUGUGGAACGGAGUGCUGAGCGUUACGCUGGUGGAGGGACGGGAUCUGCCCGAUGAUGGACCCGGAGACGUGUUCGUACGCUUUCGGUUAGGAGAGCAGAAAUACAGGAGCAAGAGUCAGUGUAAGAAGUCGAACCCUCAGUGGAGAGAGAGGUUUGACCUCAACAAGUUCCCAGAUGGCCGCAAUUUUUUGGAAAUAUGCGUCUGGUCCAAAGAGGGGCGCAGAUUAGAAGAAAGUUAUGGAAUGUGUGAAGUCGACGUGUCCGUGUUGAAGGUGAACACGCCUCAGUUGUUCACCUGCGGUUUGGACCAGUGUCGGGGUAAAGUGGUUUUCAUCAUCACGCUGACCAUGUGCAGCGGCGUUUGCGUCACUGAUCUUUGUGCUCCACCACUGGACGAGGGACACGAGAGAGACAACCUUCUAAACAAAUACAGUUACAAGAACUCACUGAAGAACUUGAGGGACAUUGGUUUCCUGCAGGUCAAAGUGCUCAAGGCGUCCGAUUUAUUAGCUGCUGAUUUAAAUGGAAAGAGCGACCCGUUCUGUGUACUGGAACUGGGAAACGACCGACUACAAACCCACACAGUCUACAAAACACUCAACCCUGAAUGGAAUAAAGUCUUCACAUUUCCAGUAAAAGAUGUUCAUGAUGUACUGGAGGUGACCGUGUUUGAUGAGGAUGGAGACAAGGCCCCGGAUUUCCUGGGCAAAGUGGCGAUUCCUUUACUCUCGGUUCAUAACUGUCAGCUGAUUUGCUGUCCGUUGAAGAAAGAGGAUUUGGACGGGUUUUCUAAAGGAAGCGUCCUGUUAGAGAUUGAGGUCAUUUUCAAUCCUAUUAAAGCGAGCAUCAGGACCUUCACCCCAAGAGAAAGGAAGUUUCUGGAAGACAACUCCAAGUUUUCCAAAAAGGUUCUGGCGAGGAACGUUCUGCGUGUGAGGAACAUCUACAGAGCGAUAUCUCAAAUGCUGCAGUACAUCAAGAGCUGCUUCCAGUGGGAGAGUGUUCAACGGAGCAUCACUGCGUUCGUGCUCUUUCUGUUGACUGUGUGGUACUGGGAGUUUUACAUGCUGCCUUUAUUCCUGGUUAUACUGCUGGUGUGGAACUACGCUCAGGUCGCCUCCGAGAGGGGAAACCAGGAACAGGACUGCAUGGAUAGUGACGAUGAGGAUGAAGAUGAGAGGGAAUCUGAGCGUAAGGGCCUGAUAGAGAAGAUCCACAUGGUUCAGGACAUUGUGAUCACGGUGCAGAACCUGCUGGAGGAGACGGCGUGCUUCGCUGAAAGAAUAAAGAACAUGUUUAACUGGUCAGUGCCGUUUUUAUCCAACCUGGCGUUCCUGGUUUUCAUCAUCAUCACUGUGGUCACGUACUUUAUCCCACUACGCUACGUCGUUCUCAUCUGGGGUAUACAUAAAUUCACAAAGAAACUACGGAACCCUUACGCUAUUGAUAACAAUGAAGUGAUGGAUUUCCUCUCCAGAGUGCCUUCAGAUGUACAAAAGGUUCAGUAUCUGGAUCAAAGGCACAUGCAGGUCCAGAGUCCGCUCAGACGGAGAAGAGCCGUCCAGUAGAUCCGGGCGGCAUCACAACUCAUCUCUUCACCAUCAUAAGAUACACUAAACAUGCUCUCCUUCUAGUUUUAUUUCAGAAACUUUAGUACUGAGAGACUGACAUGCAAAUUGAAGAACGUUUUAUCUCCUAUUAACC